ACCGCUAGGUGUCACUCUUCGAACCCGCCCUCUCUCAGGCUUAAGUGUCAGUCAAGAUAACUGACGUUUGAGCCAGCCAAUAAGAAGGAGCUAAAAGCAGCCCCGCCUUUUGAGCGGACUGGAAAGGGAGUAGACUGUUGCUAAGAGGGGCCUAGCUGGUUGCUAUGGACUCAAAUAGCCAGGUAGAUGUCAUCAUGAAACCUGAACAACAACAUAUAGUUCAGCUCCUGCAAACAAAGUCCAACAAAUCAUCAUAGAGAAGGAACUAGAGGACAAAAAGGAUGCUCAUUGUGACAGGAGAACAACAAACACAAUGGGGCAAUUAUGACUUCCCAAUCAGGAAUGGCCAAAACACAAGAUUUGACCAAUAUUUCAUUCAUUCCAGUUAUAAAAAGAUGCCCAUAGAUCCAUACAGCCAAUUGUAUCCUGUUUUGGUAUUCCCUCUUGGAAAAGUGGCCGUUAUCUACUGUAAUAACACCUUUGAGAUUCAGGAUUCUGUCUUUUUAAUGAAAGAUGGAACAUACACAGGUCAUAAAAGCUACAUCUCUAGAGGCCAUCCUAUACUUUUUGAUUUUCAUGUGAAACAAAACCAUGGAGGGUUGUACCAGUGUUGCUAUGGAUGGGAUUGGUUUUCCUGCAGAAUUAUGGAAGUACUGGAAGUAAUAAUAAGAGAUCCCAGCUUACAUAGACCACAAGUCUCCUUUGGAUCUAUUCCAGUAAGCAUUGGAGAAGACUUUACCGUCCAUUGCAGAGUCCAAGAAAAUGCCAACAAGUUUUAUUUCCAAAAGGAUGGGAAAGAGGUGCCUCACCAAAGGCCAUCCAAGAAUGAGAUAACCAUCCAAAGAGCAACUGAGGAGUAUGUAGGGAAUUACAGCUGCAGCUAUUCCCGUCAGUUUCUCAUGUCUAAACCCAGUGACUCUAUGAUGCUGCUAAUAACAGAUCCUCACCUACCACAGCCAGACAUCUCCAGCAGCUCAAGUGGGCCAGUUGCCCGUGGGGGAGAAAUUGCAAUUCAGUGUGAAAUUAAAAAGCCAACUGUCAUAUUCUAUCUCCAUAUAAAUGAAAAUCCACCAAAAAGAAUAAUCGAAACUGAUGGGAAAAAGUGCAAAUACUACUUUAAGAAUUUCAGCGUAACAGAUCAAGGGUCGUAUAGGUGCAGCUGUGCACUCCCAGAAAAGCCUUUUCUGAUCUCAAACAGAAGCCAUUCCCUGGACCUUUUUCUAUUAGAUGAGGAAGCCAAUAAACCCAGACACACUGAUCCCAUUGCCAUUGGUGUAUGUGUAACUUUCAUCAUUCUCUUCCUGCUUCUUGUUAUUUUUUGGUACAAAAGAAGAACAGAUGCACUAUUGGAAGAAACACAAGCAAGUGGCGAAAGCUCUUUCAGAGUUUUGAGGGCUCAUCGGGCUACAAAAUCUUCUGGCACUUCAAAAGCUGGAAGAAAACACUUGGAGAAGGAACUUCCAAAAGAUGACCCUGCCACCCAGCAACAAAACAUAGUCUAUGCCGAAUUGAAGAGAUAUACCUCAGACAUGCCCCAGGCAGAAGCUGAAACUGAUGAUGAUGUUGUCUACGCCACAAUUACUGUUCAUUAAUCCACAAAUGUUGGGAGUCCUGAAAGAUCUGUGUGUCUUUUGGAUGGCUUCCUAUCAUAAUGUUGGGAGUGCUGAAGAAGUUUUGGGAUUACGGAUCUUUGGGCUGUAUAGGUUCACCUAGCAAAUGAACUUCAGUUGUUUUCAAUUCUUUUCCUGGCUUUGUGAUAAUAACAUACUCGCAAGUAGGCAUUAAUGAAAUCAAAAUUCAAACCAACUUCAAUUCAGACUUACAUGCCUUGUUAUCCAUUUCAAUAAACUUCUAAUUUUUUCUCAUAAACAGAACUGCAAAUGCUUUGUAUUUAAAGACUAUUUAACCUUGAAUAUGUUUUAAUGGUUUUUACCUGGGAAUUUUUUAAAUACUGUUUAUAUUUAAUCCUGUUUUAAUGUUUGAAUACUUGUAUAUUUUAAACUGUAUGUUGAUGCUUUUACUUUAGGCCACUUUGA